UGAUCGGUUUGGUGAGUGGUGACUGCAUUAAGCCUUAAUUUAUCACCAAAUGCAAAAGGCCCACGGGGGCAAAUAUUUCUCCCAGUUUGCAAGCGCACCACCAACUUCCGGUUUCAAUCAAGAACCGAAGCCACCACCAAACCCGGGAGAGCGGAAAGCGGCGGCGCCGAGCAAUCAAUUCCUUUCGAUCAUGCCCAUGGCCGCCUCCUCCCGGCUGCUCUGGGCGUCCCGCGCCGCCGCCUACCUCAGGAUAUCCACCUUCCCCAGGGCCUUCUCCACCGUGCUGAAGGAUCUGAAGUAUGCUGACACUCAUGAAUGGGCAAAGGUUGAGGAUGAUUCAGCAACUGUUGGCAUUACUGACCAUGCCCAGGACCAUUUGGGUGAUGUUGUGUAUGUGGAGCUGCCAGAAGUUGGCAGUAGUGUAUCCCAGGGAAAGAACUUUGGUGCUGUUGAAAGUGUGAAGGCAACCAGUGAUAUCAACUCACCUGUAUCUGGAGAGGUCGUUGCAGUGAAUGACAAACUAAGCGAGGAACCUGGAUUGGUCAAUGCAAGUCCUUAUGAGAAGGGAUGGAUUAUCAAGGUCAAGCUCAGCGAUUCAGGUGAGCUCAAUUCGCUGAUGGACGACGAGAAGUACUCAAAAUUCUGUGAGGAAGAAAACAAGCAUUAAACAAAUAAGAGUGCCUUUGAAACAUCAAGAACCUUUGUUUCAAGCUUUAUCAAUGCUUGUGGUGUGCCACCACGCACUUAAUCUCGAAUUGGCAAAGGUUCAUCACAUGGAAUAAAUUGGUUUUAUGAUAUUUGCUUAUUCUACAAGGGCAAAUGCAUAUUUCAAACUUGUAAAGGACAUGGGUUUCGUUAUUUAUUUUCCAGUACUGCCCUGGUUUUGUCUA